GAUGCUCUUAUAUCCAAUUGUUCUUCCCAGCUGUAUGCAAUAAUACUUAAGAUUUCCUGAGGUAACAAUGUAAGAAAUAAUACAUAAAAAAAACAAAAUACUGCAUAGUUUCCUAAGAAUGCGAAGCGAGGCGACCAUCAAUUAUCAAUAUUUUUUAAAGUAUAAUACGUACCAGAAUGUCAAAAGUGUGGGUGUAAGAAAGGACGAAAACUGCUCAAAACAGUGAAAUCCAGACAUCAAAUGCUUUAUGAAAUAAAUGUAAAAAAAGUUUAAGGUUAUUUUAGUCUCUACUAUGUGGAUGUUUACUAAAGCGGAUCUGAUUGAAUAGAGGCAUAACUCUGUAAACCUCUGUGUUAUAUAACCAUACCAAACGUAACAUAUCAUUCUAAUUUAAGAUUUGCGUUUAAUAUGAUAAUCUAGUCUAUGAGACCAUGCUGGUUUAGCAUGGUCAAAAUACCCACUGGGCACAGACGUCUAUUCCACUUUGGUUCAACGUAAUUUUGUUUGAAUUACAUGGAUACAACGUUGAUUCAACCAGUGUGUGCCCAGUAUGCUGUUGGUGCAGUAUGGAACUGUCUGUCCUUCACAGGAUUCAGCAGUGAAGCACUGGGUCAUGUUCAUUAGGCACCAAAUGGAAGAAAAUUGAUUACCUUGACUAGUCCAGUUAGAAACGUACAUUUUCGUCUUACGUUGUAAAAUAUUUUAAAGUUUUCUGUUGCAUGCCAUAAUAAACACAACCCUGUUGUCUGGACAAUAACAAUGUUGUUCUGAUUAACUGAUAAUGUGACAUUAGAAUACGAUGUGCUGGACAAUCAACUCCAUAUCACACCUGUAGUUAUCAAUAAAUACCUUCAGAUAAAAGUGUAUAAAUAAUUAAUCCAUCAGUUUGAGAAAUGUAUUUGGUUAUAAAUCAUUAGGCCACCACACGUUUAUCUUCUGAGUUCAUCCUUGACCCGUGAAAAAACAAUAGGCUAGUUAUCUCGGAAUCCAAGGGUAGAGCGUCAUAAGAAUGAGAGGUGAGAUAAUGCCCUGUAUUCUCUUUAUCUGCUCUGUGAAAUCACUGUGAUCUCUGGUCCAUAGAUAACACUCAUUGGCUGGACUGUGUAGGAAAGUAGAUAACACACACACACAUGGUUCACUCAUUAUAAAACACUACACUUUCUCUCACUCAACAACAGUCCAACAGUCCUUGUCUGCCUGUCUGCACGGAAUCUGACUGCACUUGUCACAGCUUUGAGAUCUCAUUGAGGAGGAAAAGACAGAGAAAAUGUAUGAAGAAGGAAAGAAGAAAGAGGAAGAAGAGAAUGAAGACCUGAGGAGAUAUUGUCGAUACUUUACUAAAGAACAGUUGAUCAUGCUGUGUGUCUGUAUUGCUCUGUUUGUGCUACUUCUGGUCAUCACCAUCACCUCUGUUCUUUUGACUCAAAAUGGAGGUAGGGCAUCUGAAACGAUCCUGCCGUUCCCUACUGAUGGAGACAUGCUGGACUUCCUCGUCCAAACUGGAGACAUCAGGGAGAGAGACGCGCUGUACGCCACCUGGUAUCACCGCGCCAACAACAAGUCAGAGAUGAACAUAGCACUGCAAAGUUCUAUCAUGGUUUUGGAGGCUGAUGUGACUGUGCAGGGAUACGCUACGGUCAACGUGACCACCAUCCCCAUCAUGGCUCAUCCUCCUGCUGUCUACAGUGACAACACUCUGGACCAGUGGCUGGAUGCCGUGCUCCAGUCAAAGAAAGGCAUAAAGCUGGACUUCAAAUGCAUCCAGGCGGUGACUCCCUCUCUGGGCAUCCUGAGCAUGAAGAACCAGACUAAAGGCAUCAAUCGGCCGGUGUGGCUGAACGCUGACAUCCUCCCUGGGCCAAACGUCCCAGCCUUCUGGCCUGUCAUCGACGGACCUGAGUUCUUGGCAAUGAUCCAGCAGAGUUUUCCAGACGUGACCAUCUCUCCUGGAUGGGCAGUUCUGUAUCUGCCCCAGUUCCCAAACGUCACCUACACACAGGCCAUGGUGGAGGACAUGUACGCCAUCAUCAAAAAUGUCCCUCAGACAGUCACCUUCCCCGUCCACGCGCUCAUGGCCAAGAACGGAUGGCCUCACAUCAGCUGGUUACUCAGCCAGUCACCAAAGUUCAGUCUGACUCUGUGGCAGAGCCAGGAAAAGAACCCCAGUGUGAAUGACCUGCUGUUUGUCAGAGACAACACCAACCCUAAGCGAGUCUACUAUGACAUCUAUGAACCUGUCCUAUCCCAGUUUAAAGAAGCUGCCAAGCAAAGAGAUCGGCAGAGGAGGUUCUACCCUGGAGGAGACCUGAUUGACUAUUUCCAGCCGAAAUAUAGAGAUGGCUUGUACAUCCAGUGGAACACAGUCACAGACAGAGCCUCACUGCUUUCUCUGCUGUCAGGCAGUGCCAGUGGCAUGCUCAUCAUUCCAGUAGGAUCUGGUUCCGCCCAGCCUGGGGUCCCAGUGGUGGAGGGCUCCCGUCCAGAGUUCCUUCUCCAGGACUCCCUGAACCUGGUUCUGGCCUCUCCAAAACCCUUUGGUAUCUAUUUAAGGAUCCAGUCCCAGAGCCAGCUGGAACCCUCUCUCCACCUGCUCAGCUCAGCCUACCACAGCGACCUCCUGUACCGCCCCGUCUGGGUCAACAUGGCUCUGUCCCAUGGAGCCUUCCAGACCCAGGGCUACAUCUCUGGGAGGGAGUUCCUCCACACAGUCAACCAGGUGUUCCCCUAUGUGACCCUGGCCCCCAGCUGGCCUCUUGAAGUCCUGAGGGAGGGGUAUAACAGGGCCAUGGUGGAUGACAUGGAGGUUUUACUGAAGGAGGCGUGGCAGGCUGUGUCCCUGCAGGUGAGGGCGGAGCCACUGGGGAGAUCUGUGGAGGGACAGAGAAGGAUUCGGGAGGUGCAGUCAAGGUACUCACUUACAGUGGAGACCGGGAUAGAAAGUGGGAUUGAUGAGGAGGCAGGACCACAGGCAAUCAUGGCCAACCUCUCUGGGAGCAAAGACAGAAGCUUGUUUUUUAUAACUGAGAACUACUGGUCUAAGAUGUGAAGACCUCUUAAAUGACAGUUUGCUACAUUUUCAUAUAAUCUUUUGUUGUAUUUAAAGUAAUAAAUAAAAACCAAUGAAAAACAA